AUGAUUGAGAUAAAUGAAAAUGAUGAUGAUGAUGAUGAUGAUGAUGAUGAUGAUGAUGAUGAAUAUGAUAGUCGACAAACAGAAAUAAAAAUAAUCGCAGAAAGAUUUCUACUUAAGAAAAAAAUUGGUGGUGGAAGUUUUGGACAGAUUUAUCUUGCACAUGAUUUAGAGGACAAAAUAUCUGUUGCAGUUAAAACUGAACGGAUUCAAGCAAUUGUACCACAAUUACCUGUUGAAAAAAUGGCUUUUGAACGAAUGAAAGAUUUCAUUGGUUUUCCAAAAAUGAUUUUUUAUGGACAAGAAAAACAAUAUUAUGUUUUAGUGAUGGAUUUACUUGGUCCAUCAUUAGAAGAUCUUUUUAAUUUUUGUAAUCGAUCGUUUACAUUACAUACAACUUGUAUGAUAAUCGAUCAAGCUAUUAGUCGAACAAAACAAAUGCAUAAUCAAUCAUUAUUACAUCGUGAUAUUAAACCUGAUAAUUUUUUGAUGGGUAUUGGUCAUUAUUCUCAUAUAUUAUAUUUUGUGGAUUUUGGUCUUACAAAAGAAUAUCGUGAUCUUGUGUCUUAUGUUCAUCAUAAUUUAGUUAAAGGGAAAAAUUUAGCUGGUACAGCACGAUAUGCAUCAUUACAUACUCAUAAUGGUUUAGCAGAAGCUCGUCGAGAUGAUUUAGAAUCAAUUGUCUAUAGUUUAUUAUAUUUUUUGAAAGGUUCUUUACCAUGGCAAGGUAUAAAAGCGAAAACAAAACGACAAAAAUAUGAAAAAAUUGCUGAACUUAAACAAACAAUUCCAUUGAAAGAAUUAUGUUCUGGUAUGCCUUCACAAAUUAUGACUGUCUAUAUCUAUGUUAAAUCUUUAACUUUUGAUGAACAACCUGAUUAUGAUUAUAUUAAACGACAAUUACGUACUAUUAUUAUUGCUAAUAAUCAAAAGUAUGAUUAUCAAUUUGAUUGGCUUAAUAAAGUCAAGCGAUUCAAUCUUAAUAACGAUGAAUCAGUUAUAAAUAUCAAAAUAUAG